AUUUAACUGAUUAAUCAGGGGAACAGAAGCUACAAACAUGGGAGGCUACCUUGUGCUCACUUUGUUUGUUUUUCUUGUUGAUGGUCUGGUUGCUGACACAUCUGGAUUGAACUUGCUGUCAGUGAUGGAGGGACACAAUGUGACUCUAAGCACAGGAGUUACCAAACAACAACGUGACAAGAUGCUGUGGUAUUUCAACAAUACUCUGAUAGCUCUGAUCAAUGGAGAUCCCAGUAAGAGUUGUCUGUAUUAUGGUGAAGGAGGGAUAUUCAGAGACAGACUGAAGGUGGACUAUGAGACUGGAUCUCUGAUCAUCACAGAUAUCACAUCUCAACACGCUGGACGUUAUGAAGCAAAUUUCAUCCAAAGCAAGAGCACGGGAACCAGCCAAAGCUUGAAUCGAAACAGCAAGUGUGACGGCACAAAAAUCACCAGAAAAAUGAGCAACAUCGGCGAAGCCAUCAAAACUUUAAGUGUUUCUGUCACUGCCUCUCUCUCUGGUACUGACAAACCCAACAAAGUAUCAUACAAUGAGGACAAGGAACAAGAGCAUGAGAGCAGUGUGUCUUUAGGUCUUAUAGCUGGAAUAUGUGUUGGUGUGUUGCUGCUAGCUACAGCUGCUGUUCUUGGUGUGAUUUACUAUCAUUGCAGGAGAUCUAGCAAGGAAAACAUUGAGAAAAACAAGUUUGAGCAGCUGCUGAAAGUCCCAUUGUGA